AUGGUUAAAUAUCAAAUCCCUCAAGUAUUCUUUGUUCCAAAACCAACUUUAAAUGAAUGGGCAUCCAAAGUAACACUGAUCAAUAAUCCUAAACAACAAAAUCCGAAAAAUAUAAAACAAUUGCUACCAAAUGAACAGAACGAUUCGUUAUCUAUCCUAUCGGAUUGUCCUGAGAAUGUUGAAUCACCAUCCAAUGUGAUGAAUAUCAACAACAAUAAAAAUAAUAACAAGAAAUAUUUCAAAGUUUUAUUGAUUUCAGUUGGAGUUUUACUUAUUCUUGGUAUUCUAGCAAGUGUAGCAAUGGGUAUUUAUGCGCUGGUUUAUAUAACUAGAACAACGGUAACAUCAACAACAAUGACUACAACAACGACAACUACUACGACAACAACGUCCACAGCAGCACAAUGUUAUUUGUAUACAACCAUGAAUGAUGUAACACGUCUGGCAACAGCCGGAAGUGGAUCUACAACCGAUUCUGGUUUGUUUUCAACCAGCAAUUGGAUUCGUUUCUCUGGUGCAGGUGGCACUCAAAUAACAACAUCAUCACCGGGUCUAUAUCAUUGUACUACAUAUUAUUCUGGUUGGUACUCGAGCUCACUACCUUCGUCUGGUGAAACGGUUAAUGGCACAGUAUGUUAUACAUAUAGUUCAUCUUCAUGUUAUUAUGCCAGUAUAAUAUCGGUAACAAAUUGUGGUUCCUUUUAUGUCUAUAAUCUUGUUAAUCCACCCAUUUCCCUUAUGCGUUAUUGUACUGUUUAA